AUGCGCCGCAAUCGAUUCCCGGAUUAUUUUGGAACUGGUCGGUCGACGGAACCGGUAUAUGGGAACUGGCAGGAGGACUACGCGUCUCGUGGCCCAGCUUUUGCUACAGGCUCAAGAAGUACCACCGUCGACCGAAAUGACGAGUAUACCAGAAACGACAGAGAGGACGACGAACUGUAUCCUUAUGUUGACCAACCAGUCAGUCGGCCGAUGUCAGUGACGGAGACAUCGAGAACGCCCAACCCGAGUCGUAGUUUUUUCAGACCAAACCAAUUAGCACAAUCCGGAACACGAACUGCCCCAAAACGAGCACCAGCGUCGACGGUAUUGACUGCGCCUCCUGCUCCGAAGAGACAGAACUUCCUGAGGGACUUUGUCUACCGAGAGCCUACAUCCCAUAACGGGCAGGCCGACGUCCAGAUCCCUCGGAUUCAGCCACAAGCUUCAACCGCCGUGCAGACACCGAGACGGCAGACCAUCCAAUCUCACAACUCUUUGGAUCAACCAGGAACUCCUUGGUCGAUCCGGCCGACAGCACGACCCAACUGGCUGCGCCAGCCACCACAAGAACCAGCCGAGUCAUUCCACACACCGAUUUACGGGUACAGUAGUGACGGGCCGCAAAGACAGCAACAAGAAUUUGAGCUGGAGCCAGACACUGGGCUAGAGCCGCAGACGUAUGCUCCCCCGGUGUACAACUCGUAUAACCGUCGCAGCGAGAACCACUACAAGGCCCCUCCGACACCUGCUCCUCCAGCUACCUUUCGACAGCGGUCGGGGCAAGCCCAACUCAUGGCACCUCCAACUCCUCGCUACUCUUCCCCAUCGCCCUUGGCCGUUGUUCGGGCCCCAAUACAGCCACGGAACAAUCCGGCACCGCAAGUUAAUGGCACAGAGCUCAUCAGCCCACAGGCAGUCGACAAACGCUUCCAGGCUAUCUUCCCCUACGAGCACUUUAAUGCUAUGCAGUCGCGCUGUUUCAGUUCCGUUUACGGCUCGAGCUACAAUGUUGUCGUGGCAGCCCCUACAGGAAGCGGCAAGACUGUUGUGUUUGAGCUGGCAAUUUGCAAGCUGCUCGCCAGCCGCGACAAGAAGGACUUCAAAAUCGUGUACCUGGCACCCACAAAAGCACUCUGCUCGGAGCGCGUCCGCGACUGGCAGAACAAGUUUAAGCCGCUCGGCCUACAGGUGGCUGAGUUCACGGGCGACACGACGCCGGCCGAGGUCCGGCGUGCACGCACGGCAUCCGUCAUUAUCACCACGCCCGAGAAAUGGGACUCCAUUACACGCAAGUGGUCUGACCAUGAUGCUCUGCUUAGAACGAUAAAGCUGGUCCUCAUUGACGAGGUGCAUAUCCUCAAAGACCCACGCGGUGCCACUCUCGAGACGGUUGUGUCCCGCAUGAAGACGCUUGGCGGCGAGGUGCGCUUUGUUGCGCUGAGUGCUACAAUCUCCAACUCGACCGACGUUGCUCAGUGGCUGGGCCUUACGCACACAAGUCCUCAGGUGCCCGCCAAGGCCUAUGUAUGCGGCGAGGAGUUCCGCCCCGUUCGCCUCGAGAAGAUUGUCAUCGGCUACAAUAUGGGCGGUGGCAACGAACACUCCCUGGACAGCAUUCUGGACGACCAACUGCCUGACUUGGUCGUCAAAUAUGCAGAGGGAAAACCGGUCCUCGUAUUCUGCUUUACGCGCAAGUCGACAGAGAGUGCUGCCACAGCCCUGGCGGAGUACUGGGGCAUGUGUUCUGCAGCACAAAAGCCAUGGCCCAGUCCAUCUGUCGGGAUUCGAAGCAGUGCUCGCCUGCAGAACUUGGUGAAUGCCGGCGUUGCUUUCCACCACGGCGGCCUCGAGCGACACGAUCGGGCCUCGAUCGAGGCGGCAUUUCUGCGUGGUCACCUGUCCAUUGUCUGCUGCACGUCAACACUGGCGGUCGGCGUCAACCUGCCGUGCCAUACGGUCAUUCUCAAGGGCACAUUGCGGUACCAUAAUGGCAAAUUCUCUGAAUAUGACGAGUGCGAGGUUAUGCAGAUGAUUGGCCGCGCUGGACGGCCUCAGUUUGAUACAAGUGCCAUUGCUAUCAUCCUGACACGUGCCGAGAACAAAGAAAAGUACGAAAACAUCGAGUCUGGCUACCAGACGGUCGAGAGUACCCUACACAUGAACCUCAUCGAGCACCUCAACUCGGAGAUUGUUCUGGGCACCAUCACCUCGCUGCCCAAGGCCGUGCAGUGGCUGAAAGGCACCUUUCUGUCCGUCCGGCUGCGACAAAAUCCGGACCACUACAAGUUGACGAACGAGACAACGCUGGCAAGAACAACCGACGAGCAGCUGCAAGAGAUAUGCAAGGCAGGUAUUGGUCGACUGGCGGAGGUGGGACUCAUCCAGUAUCUCGCGGACUCCGACACCGAGUUCCGUGGAACACCGCGUGGAAGUGCCAUGUCAACAUACAUGGUCCGUUUUGAGACUAUGGUAAUGAUGCUGAAGCUCAACAGCUCCGUGUCCAUGGAGGAACUCGUCAAUGCGCUCUGUCAUGCUUCCGAGUUUGAUGAGCUGAGAAUCAAAAGCACAGAGCGACAGGGCCUACGAGAGCUCAACAAGUCUCAAGAUAUUCCGUUCAAAUUCAAGGACAACAUUAUGGAAACGUGGCAGAAGAUAUCCGUACUCAUUCAGGUUGAACUGGCUCGGGGCGUGCUUCCGUACCAGCAGAGGAUGGCCUUGGAGGCGAGGCAAGCGAUUGAGCGGAUGCAGCGACUCCUCGAGAGCUACAUUGUUUGUAUGAUUGCGGACAACAACGGACACGCCGCCAAAAUUGGGCUUGAUUUCUCGCGAAGCCUGCUUGCCAAAGCCUGGGAGGGCUUCCCGGCGCAGCUAUGCCAGGUCCCCGACAUCGGACCGGCCAACAUGAAGAAACUCGUGGACAGGCAGGUCACCACCGUACUUGUGUUUGCUGAUCUCGGGACGGUGACUAUUGAGCGGUUCCUCUCCAAGAACCCACCUGCCGCCAUGAAGAUUGCCGACUCACUACGAGCCUUCCCCCGUCUCACACUGGAUGGUCAUGUAGCCAUGGCCCCGGAAGGGCUACGAGAGAAUAACAGUCGUGACUCAGAAACAAAGGCGAAAGCCGUUGCCCGAGUCAAGUUUGGUUGCAUGAAUGAAGGUGGUGUUCCGCGUUGGAGGAACAAGGUGCCAUCUGCCACCUUUCUCGCCUUGACAGAGGAGGGCCGUCUACUUCACAUUUGGCAGGGAAAGCUCCUAGAGACGAAACAUGAAACGUGCGAUGAUAUUGUUGGUACAAUGCAAUCCUUGCAACUACCCUGCGUCGAGGUGCCUCGAGACGAGCUAGCUGUUCGAUCCCCGCCGACGGCGUCAACUCGAGCCGACAGCACCGCAGCGUCAAACGACUUUGUUCGGCGGGGAUAUCAAGAGGAACGGCCUGUAAAGAGGCAGAAGAUGCUAGACUACUCGAUGCGCACUAUCACGAUCGGUAACACGACGGUUGACUGCGUCGACCUGUCGGCCGUGGACGACGUGGAAGACGGCCGAGUUCAGGUGCCUCUCAGUACCAACAAGCAAACACAAGCUCAGACAACUCAUCAUCCUGUCCAGUACCCUCGCGACCCGUUUGCCUUUGAGGCUGUACCAACAAGACAGCCACGGCACUGCAGUGGUGGCGGUACCCAACAGGAUCCGCUCAUGCUAGACGACUCGGGGUCAGAUGAGUAUGAGGACACCUUUGACGCGUCCAUUUUCGACGACAUUGAGCUGCCACCCAUAAAAGAGUCACCAGAGAGCACGCCUUUCAACUCUCGGCACCGGCCGUCUGAUACAAAGUGCAAAUCGUCAGGGAUCGGGCCCGUAAAGACCAGUCCGGCAGACACUAUACUACCAACACGAAAGCCAUCAAAAGUUGCAGCCGCCCUGGCACCGCCCGUCUUCAACAUGCACCACAUCGAUACACUUAUUGAAAACGAGGUCAUACCAGACUCGAGAAGAAACAGCCCACAGCUUGACGUCGUGUCCAGCCACGAUGCACUUGCCACGAGGGACAGUAGCAAGUUGGACGGUGCAGUUUCAGCAACGGCUGUGCCACAAAGCCUUUGUUUCACGAAUCCAGGGCCACAAGCAGUAAUCGCGGAUCAACCAGAUUCACUGCCGAAAGGAGACGAGGCGAUGGACACGGUGGCGGCAGAGGGGCCAGAGUCCGAACUGUCACUGAAAGUAGCCAAUGCAGAGCCAGCCGAGCGAGUAGAACCUGCAGAGCCUGAAGAGCCAACCGAGCCGAGCUGGGUACAUACGUCGAGCAGUAGCAUUGUGGAUUUCUUGCGGGGACAUGUCAAGUUUGUGUAG